AUGGAGAAAAAAUUCGAAACUUUAAUAGAUAAUACAAUAGAGAAAUUUAACAUGGUCGGUGUUGAAAUCAAAGGUAUUCUUGUUUGUGAUCAAAAUGGCUUACCAUUAGCAAGUAAAGAUGUUUCAAUAUCUCCUGGACCCAUAGCAUUACUAUCUCAAUUAGCAUCAUCGUUAUCAGGUCAAAGAACGACUGUUUGUCUUGAAAACAGUGAAGCUCAAGUCCUUCUACAUCAAACAGACAAAACCGUUGUUGCUGUUUAUACAAAACAUGCGACAUGA